CAAGGAGGCGGUUCCUCGGCAGCCCAAACCCACAACAAACAACGGCGGCGGCGUCUUCGCUUGCGGCCUCCUGUGCCGCCACCUUCGCGAAGGGGCCUCUGGGGCGCGCGGGGCGGGGAGGAGGGGGCCAGGGAGCUUAGGCGGCGCGAGCGUAGUUCGCCGCCAUGAAGCUCCGCGUACGGCUGCAGAGGCAGACGGCUCCGUUGGAGUUGGCGGAGGCGGAGCCACGGCUGAGGGAUCUGCGUGCGCACCUUGGCCAAACCCUCCUGCCCGCUUGGGGUUACAGUUCUGACAUCAAGUUUGCGAUAACAUUGAACAACAAAGACUCCCUUACUGGAGAUGAGGAAACCCUAGCAUCAUUUGGGAUUGUUUCAGGAGACUUGAUUUGUUUGAUAUUGGAAGAUACUGAGACAGAAUUAAGAGUAUUUCCAGCUCACACUUCAUCUCUGCAACCACAACAGAAUAAUCAUGAACCAUCCACUUCAGCCAUUUGUCACAAUCAAUUAAAAAUUCAAGAUAGCGAAAGACACAAUGUAGAUGUACCAGACCAUACAGUUCAAGAUGAUAUUCAGAUGAAUAUAGACCAUAUGGAAGAAUCCAGCCAAGCAUUUGCUUCAGAAGCUGUAUCUGAUGACUUUGACUUCCAAGAAGCUUCAGGUUCUUAUCCUUCAGAGCCAAUGCUUUGCUCUGAAGCUACGGAUGGACAAGUACCACACUCGCUUCAGACCCUAUACCAUUCUGCAGAAUGUACCAGUGCCAAUGAUGCCUUGAUAGUUUUGAUCCAUCUUAUUAUGAUGGAGACAGGAUAUAUACCUCAAGGAACACAGUCAAAGGCAACAAGAAUGCCUGACAAAUGGCGGAACAGAGGUGUUUAUAAGCUACAGUAUGCCCAUCCCCUCUGUGAAAAUGGCAUUGCUGCCCUUACUUGUGUGCCUCUGGGAGAUCUUAUUGUUAUCAAUGCAAUGCUGAAGAUUGACAUUGACAUCAAAAGUGUGAAGAGACUACAGCUUCUGCCAGCAACAUUUAUCUGCUUUGAACACUCAGGAAAUGUUGCAGGUGUGUAUAAGGACCUGCAGAAGCUCUCUUGUCUCUUUAAAGAUCGACUGGUAUACCCUCUUCUGGCUGCUACUCGGCAAGCAUUGAAUCUACCUGAUGUGUUUGGCCUGGUGGUUCUUCCAUUGGAGCUGAAACUCCGAAUCUUCAGGCUCUUGGACUUUCGCUCAUUAAUUUCUUUGUCUGCUGUUUGUCAUGAUCUUUAUGCUGCUUCAAAUGACCAGUUAUUGUGGAGGUUCAUAUACUUGCGAGAUUUCAGAGAUCCGGUUGCCAGAUCUCGAGACACAGAUUGGAAAGAACUGUACAAGAAAAAAUUGAAGCAGAAGAAAGACGCGCUGAAGUGGAGACACACAAUGUUUCUGCCCCCUCCUCCCCUCCCUGUGCCAUUUCACCCCAGUCCAUUGUAUCCGAAUCCUUUUUGUCCUAAUCCACUUUAUCCCCCCAAUAUCAUUGGUGGUGAAUUUGAUGAGAGGUUAGCAGUCCCUUCCAUUGGUGAUCCAAUAAGCUCCCUCUUUCCUGGCCCCGCUGAGCUUCCAAAUCAGUAUCUUCCUAUUGCCCCACACUUAGAUCCAUUCUCCACUUUACCAUAUUUCGAUCCUUUUGUGUCAUUUCCAGAACCCAAUCCAACUCUCCCAGGAAGAGCCAAUCGGAGCCGCCCAAUUGAUAGUCGCCGUGCAUUCAUAUGAGAACUCUUUCAGCCUUAUUGAUAAACCUCUCUUUGUGGGCUUACUUUAAAAUUGUACAGCUUCAGAGCUAUGAUGUCUACUGUUUUAAAGUUAUGACGAUGCAUAAGUACUAUAGUGUAUUGAUUCCAUAGACUUGGGCCCAACAGUUCAAUGCAAACAAUUUUUCCUGCCUCCCUUGGAAACGCCGAUACCUUUUGCAAGAAUAUUGAGGGACACUAUUCUUUUCAUUUACAGUGGCAGGCUCCCUAGAAAGUAAAAGGAGGUUUGCUUUUGUUGCAUCAGAUAAAAAGCACUUUAAAAUAUAAGAUUCUAAGUUGGUCUGGGUUGUUUUCAUUUUUAGAUCUGUUAUUUAAAUAUUUGUGCUAUGUUCUUUUCUCCCAGUAAUUAGUCUGACUCAGUGUUUUUUCCAUGAAAAGAUUUUAUGUUCUAUGCAAUAUCUGGCACUUGGAAGGCUGCAAAAAUCACCUGAUUUGAUUGUUCUUCGGACACUUUAUGUAUUUUCUUUAUUACUUGAAAAGCAAUGUUGGUAUUGGGGAUUUCAAAGCACAAAGAAUAUUGAGUUUAAAUGAUUUUUUUUUACAUAUGAGAGAA